ACAGCAGAGAGCCCCCCGUUCAGGUCUCGAACUGGCGAGAUCAUGACCUGAGCCAAAGUCUGACACUUAACUGAACCACACAGGCACCCCACUAGCCAUCCCUUUAAAUACCAACUUUCUAGUACUGGGCAAGAAAACAUGAGGUUAAACUUGGGCUUGAGGAAGAUCUAAUGAAAAUGGUAAUGGGAAAUAAUGUGCCAUUUAAUUUUAGACCAUCUUGAGGCUGGCUGUAGGCCACACUUGCCCUUGAUAUUUUGGGCCUUUAUUUUCUGCAUUCUUUCUUCCUCUCAGUGACAGCCUGUCCCCUUCCCAUCCCGGCAUCUUUGCGCUUUCCCCCUCUCCAUCAAAACCUAUUCUGCGGAAGGGAUCUGGCAGACUCGUUCACAGUGACGCAUAAGUGACCAACAAGGAUUUGAGCUGGGGACGGAAGAAGGAAUGGCUCUUACUGUAAACGGACAAACACACAACAGUGACUAUGGUGGAGUAGUGGAGGACAGGGGGACCCAAGGAACUAGCCCAGUGACUCCAAAAUCAUAUCCUACAAGAGGUUACAUUUUUCCUGGACAAGCUACCUAUUUGUUGGCAAGGGUAUAAUCACAAGAAUAAGUAGGAGCAUGGCUUGUAUUCUGUAUUUAGCAUAAAUAAUUAAAAUAUGUGCCCUGACAAGUCGAUACUAUGUAGUAAUUUUUUAUAUGGUUGCAGUCACUAUCUUUGAGAAACAAAUAAAUAAACAUAGCAGACAUCAGGCAGGAACUUUCUGAACUGUGUCAAGGUUAAUAAUAAGUAAAAUGUUAUAAGUAGAGACUGGACAGCAACAGCUGUGCAACAUUCUUGGAAGCGAAGAUUUUGAUAGCAUGAAGUCAGACUGUGAGCUCAGCCUUUGCUGCUACUCUGGGUGAACAAGAGAGAACGCUUGUGAUAAUUACAACAAAACCCACAUUGCUUUUUGUAAAUUACAACCGUUGUGCACACUCAAAAUAUGAUGUCUGCAGUUGGAAAAUCAGGGGCAUGUGGAGCAAUGUUGGAAGAAGACCCGGAUCAGACUUACGAGAAUGUCCUGGCUGAGAUUCAGUCUUUUGAGCUGCCCAUUGAAGCGACUUUAAGGUCUGUUUAUGAUGACCAACCAAAUGCACACAAGAAGUUUAUGGAAAAGUUAGAUGCUUGUAUCCGUAAUCAUGACAAGGAAAUUGAAAAGAUGUGUAAUUUUCAUCAUCAGGGUUUUGUAGAUGCUAUUACAGAACUCCUUAAAGUAAGGACUGAUGCAGAAAAACUGAAGGUACAAGUUACUGAUACCAACCGAAAAUUUCAAGAUGCUGGAAAGGAGGUGAUAGUCCAGACUGAAGAUAUUAUUCGAUGUAGAAUUCAGCAGAGGAAUAUUACAACAGUAGUAGAAAAAUUGCAGUUAUGUCUUCCAGUGCUGGAAAUGUACAGUAAGCUAAAAGAACAGAUGAGUGCAAAACGGUAUUAUUCUGCUCUAAAAACUAUGGAACAAUUAGAAAAUGUGUAUUUUCCCCGGGUUAGUCAAUACCGGUUUUGUCAGCUAAUGAUAGAAAAUCUUCCUAAACUCCGUGAGGAUAUUAAAGAAAUUUCCAUGUCUGAUCUCAAAGACUUUUUGGAAAGCAUUCGAAAACAUUCUGACAAAAUAGGUGAAACAGCAAUGAAACAGGCACAACAGCAGAAAACCUUCAGUGUUGCUUUGCAGAAGCAAAAUCGCGUACAAUUUGGGAAGAAUAUGCACUUCAAUGAUAGGAUUCCAGAAGAAAGGAAUGAAGUUGAAUUGAAACGUGCAUUUGAGGAAGAGGAUGAGAAUGAAGAAGAGGUCUUAACUGUUCAGGAUCUGGUUGAUUUUUCUCCUGUUUACCGAUGUUUACACAUUUAUUCUGUUUUGGGUGAUGAGGAAACAUUUGAAAAUUAUUACCGAAAACAAAGGAAGAAACAAGCAAGACUGGUAUUGCAGCCCCAGUCAAAUAUGCAUGAAACAGUUGAUGGCUAUAGAAGAUAUUUCACUCAAAUUGUAGGGUUCUUUGUGGUGGAAGAUCACAUUUUACAUGUGACCCAAGGAUUAGUAACCAGGGCAUACACUGAUGAACUUUGGAACAUGGCCCUCUCAAAGAUAAUUGCUGUCCUUAGAGCUCAUUCAUCUUAUUGUACUGAUCCUGAUCUUGUUCUGGAGCUGAAGAAUCUCAUUGUAUUAUUUGCAGAUACUUUGCAGGGUUAUGGUUUUCCAGUGAACCGACUUUUCGACCUUUUAUUUGAAAUAAGAGAUCAGUACAAUGAAACACUGCUUAAGAAAUGGGCUGGAGUUUUCAGGGACAUUUUUGAAGAAGAUAAUUAUAGCCCCAUCCCUAUUGUUAAUGAAGAAGAAUAUAAAGUAGUCAUCAGUAAAUUUCCCUUUCAAGAUCCAGACCUUGAAAAGCAAUCUUUCCCAAAGAAAUUUCCCAUGUCUCAGUCAGUGCCUCAUAUUUACAUUCAAGUUAAAGAAUUUAUUUAUGCUAGCCUUAAAUUUUCAGAGUCACUACACCGGAGCUCAACAGAAAUAGAUGAUAUGCUUAGAAAAUCUACAAAUUUGCUGCUGACCAGAACUUUGAGUAGCUGUUUACUGAACCUUAUUAGAAAACCUCAUAUAGGUUUGACAGAGCUGGUGCAGAUCAUCAUCAACACAACACACCUGGAACAAGCUUGCAGGUACCUGGAGGACUUUAUAACUAACAUAACAAACAUUUCUCAAGAGACUGUUCAUACCACAAGACUUUAUGGACUUUCUACUUUUAAGGAUGCCCGACAUGCAGCAGAAGGAGAAAUAUAUACCAAACUUAAUCAAAAAAUUGAUGAAUUUGUUCAGCUUGCUGAUUAUGACUGGACAAUGUCUGAGCCAGAUGGAAGAGCUAGUGGUUAUUUAAUGGAUCUUAUUAAUUUUUUAAGAAGCAUCUUUCAAGUGUUUACUCAUUUACCUGGGAAAGUUGCCCAGACUGCUUGCAUGUCAGCCUGCCAGCAUCUGUCAACAUCCUUAAUGCAGAUGCUAUUGGACAGUGAGUUAAAACAGAUAAGCAUGGGAGCCGUUCAGCAGUUUAACUUAGAUGUCAUACAGUGUGAAUUGUUUGCCAGCUCUGAGCCCGUGCCAGGAUUCCAGGGGGAUACCCUGCAGCUAGCAUUCAUUGACCUCAGACAACUCCUUGACCUGUUUAUGGUUUGGGAUUGGUCUACUUAUCUCGCUGAUUAUGGACAGCCUGCUUCUAAGUACCUUCGGGUGAAUCCAAACACAGCUCUUACUCUUUUGGAGAAGAUGAAGGAUACUAGCAAAAAGAACAACAUAUUUGCUCAGUUCAGGAAGAAUGAUCGAGACAAACAGAAGUUGAUAGAGACAGUCGUGAAACAGCUAAGAAGUUUGGUGAAUGGUAUGUCCCAGCACACCUAGACUUCGAUUGCACUCAGUGACACCAAAUCUGUGAUUCAACAUUGAUCUCUAACAGGCACAGGUCAUGAUACAGUAAUUUGGUUGCAGAAUUAAAAAAUGGAGUAGAAAAAAGACACUAAUGAGAGAUUAAACAAGAAACAAUAAAAAUAUCAUUUCUACGGAUUUUUAAAUAAUUGGAUACUAUUUUAUAUGUGGAAAAGGUGACAUUAAUUUUUUUUCACUUUUAGGGAAAAAAGGCAAAACAUAUAAAUCAGGUCAAAAAUUGUAUAUGAAAUUGAUUGUAAAUACAUUAGAAAAACCUUAUAUGCCUCUACAUAUAAGUAUUUUUUUCUAUUCAGACUUGAAUGAUUUUUCUGGGUUCUUUUUCAUCAGUAUCCAGUUUUGGAAUGCAAUCGUGUGUGAUAUGGGAGUAUUUCACUGUCAUUUUGUAACUGUUAACUUUUAUUUUCAUCUCAAUAUGAUUUAAGUAGACUAAAUUUUCCAGUUCUGCAGAUUCGGCAGGGAGGUGGUAUACAAAUCUUUAAAGGUCCCUGAAAUCAAACUUGAUUUCUGUAAGAAUAUGAAUUAUUUGUUCUCCUUGGAUGGUUUAAUUUAAUGGUUCUGAAUAUGAAGAAACGGUGUUUGUAUUUUCUUGAGAUGCAGUGUUGCUGUUGAGCAGGGUUAAUAUUUCUAACUAUAUUGUUUGUAGCUGACCUCAUUCUAGGAUUUAUUUGGUUUGGUUUGAUUCAAGUUAAAAAAGGGCAGGAACGAAGUGGGGUAGGCUCCUUGAGGUGCUGCUUGUGCUAGGGUAGAUAUGUUCCUACACACAGAAGUUAACACAGGGCUCAGGUUCCUUUCUUCAGUAGCAGAUCUCAGUACCUGUCCGCGGUAUGGAAACAAGCCAAACCAAAUGAACUCUGGAAAAUCUGAAAUGAACGUACAUUUUCUUCUGUGUAAAUUACCACCAUGGUCCUAAUGAUAAUAUCAGUCUGAUCGCAACUUUCUUCUCAUUGUAUUUAUGCUGAAUAUUUCUUUUCCAUCUUCAGGAUUUAUGCCUGUAAGAAACUUAUACUUAACUCUGUAAAAUAAGUGUAAAGAAUUAUAUGUACAUUUCUUGAUUUUGUGAUGAAAUAUUAAAAAUGUUGAGCAAGUUGAAAAUGCA